GAAGGAACAGAGAGAGUAUCUGCAGCAGGCCACUCCUCCUCCUCCACUUUUUUUAUUCCUCUUUUCAACUCCUUCCUCACUUCGUCUCUUUCUUCCACCAUCAUGGCUUUCACUGGGAAAUAUGAGCUGGAGACUCAAGACAAGUAUGAGGAGUUUCUGGAAGCGAUUGGCCUUCUUAAUGCCAAGACAGACCACAAAGUGGUAACAGAGGUGGUCCAGGAUGGGAACAACUUCACCUGGACGCAAACCAUUCCCGGCUGGACCUGGUCCAAUCAGUUCAGCGUGGGCCAGGAGUGUGAGCUGAAGACAAUGACAGGCUCCAAUUUCAAGGCUCCUGUCACUUUUGAAGGCGGCAAGAUUUCAGUAGAGUUUCCUCAGUACCACUUCACAGCAGAGAUCGUCGAGGAUAAGCUUGUGAUGUACUGCAUAACUCCAGGAGAGAAGGGCGUGACUUUCAAAAGAAUUAGCAAGAGGAUCUAACGCUGCGAGACUCAACAUGCUUCAAAUUAGAAAAACUGCUGUGGGAGGUAAAAACACAUCAUGACAAUGUUUGCUCCAACUACUGAAGCAAGAGGAAUAGCGAGGAGCAAGUGGAACAUCUCUCGGCUUCACAGGGCUGCAUUUUGUUUUACUUUUCAGAUCUGAAUUGACAGAAGUGGUGAAACUAUGUACUGUAUUUCUACAAGAAUGAAACAAUAUGUUUGUGCUAGUGUCCAUGUUUAACCCAAUAAAAAUCACCUAAAUAUA